AAAUACGAGAAUGAGGUGUUAUAAUAAAAAAUAAAAUUUGUCGAGAUUGGCAACACGCACUCCGAACAGAAUAGGACUUCAAUAUGGCUUCCGGAAGCCAAGCAAUCAAACGGCUAUUAUUUAACAUAAAUGGAUGGCGACAGUUUGGACUGAGAUAUGAUGACCUUUUGGAUGAAACACCUGUAGUAAAAGAAGCUGUUAGACGUCUCCCGGCUAAAGAAUACCAUGAACGUUCUUACCGUAUUAUCAGAGCAAUGCAGUAUAGUUUAAUGCAUCGUAUAUUACCUAAGGAACAAUGGACUAAGUUUGAAGAAGAUAUUCCUUAUCUUCAGCCUUAUAUAGAUGAUAUAAAGAAGGAAAUAAAAGAAAAAGAAGAAUGGGAGAAAAAUCAUUGACUUCUUCAAUACUUAAACAGUUAUGAAAAAAGAAAUAAAUUUUCAGUGUAGAUAAAAAUAUGGAAUUGUAUAGAUUAAAUUUUUAGAUAAUAAAGUGUAAUUGGAAUGAUG